AUGCUGCCGACUUACGCCGAUGACGACUGCGACGAAUGCACCCCAGCGUCUAUGCACCCGGGUCGGUUCACGAGCAAAGCUGCCUUUUCGACCCUUCCUUUCGUCGCUACCUUCGCGGUCCUGACCAUCGUCGCCUACCGCAAGGUGUAUCCUCUCUUGUCACAGACUUCUUCCGCCAACAAGAGUCAGGAUGCCCCCAGCGGCGGUGGCAGCGGCAAAGGUCUCCCCAGACCAGCGACCGCAGCGCCCGAGCCCGCCACGCAACAGCUCGCCCGCCGUGUCGCGGCCAUUACAUUUGCAUCCACGAUCGCCCUCUCUGCCGUGUUGACGGAACUGCUCCUCUGCGAGAUUUCGAACUCGUUCAACCCUACGGCCAGGAGCAUAGCCCUGCAGAUCACCGUGGUCAGUCUGUUGGGCUUACUGGUCGUGGCCAUUCCGCUGCUGGGCAUCUCGUCCGUGGUUGCGAAGUCAGGUUACAAAUUCCGGGGCGAGAAGAAGAGGAGCCGCGCCCAUCUGGCGUGGCUGCUGGAAUUUGCUGGCUACGCCGGCUUUCUCUUCGGCUUCUGGGCGAUCGGGGCGCUCCUCCCCGACGCACCCACCCUCACCAUCACGGAGAGCAUAACGCGGCAGUCGGGCCUCUUUCAAGCGUGUCUGGAUCGACUGGGCAUCACGGGCGUGUCGCUAAUGGCGCUGCUCUCGGGCUUCGCGUCCGUCAGCGCCAUCUGGCAGAGCUUUGGACCCAAGGCGCGUAUCGUCGCCGACACGGACAUCACGCGCAAACAAGCCGGCCUCGACGCCACCAUGGACAUGCUCCUCGAGAAAAAGGAGCGUCUGCGUAUGAUGGAGUCGAUGUCGCCUGCGACUCAGAGCCACCACAGCCCGAUCCAGAGCUUCUGGAGCCGCACCGUCGGCGCCGUCCGCAAGAACACGUAUGACCAGCAGAAGGAUGUGCUGGAGAUGGAGGCCUCCGGGCUCGAGACCAUGGCCUCCUCGCUCGAGACAUCACUCUCGAUCCUCCGAGCCCGACGUGCGAAUCAGCUCAAGGCCACGACCCCCACGGGGAGACUCUCGUUGGCCUUCUCACACAUCUUCGCCUGCUACUGCGUCUACCGCAUCUGUACCACCACCAUUAACAUCAUUCGGCGGACACUGCUCUCUUCCUCUGCCUCUACCCUUUCUCCUUCCGCUGCUACUACUUCCACCACCACCACCUCCUCUGACACCGACCCCGUGACGUACACGAUCGCCCUCUUCGCGCGCCACGUCUACCCCUCGCUCGACCAGGCGUCCUGGGCACAGCAGAUCUCGUUCCUCCUCUCCGGGGCCAUGCUCCUCGCGUCCUUCACGGCCGUGACGCAAACGUUCCACCUCUUCGCCCGCUUCAUGCCGUCGGUCCUGCACGCCACCAAGACCAACUUUGCGCUCCUGAUCAGCCAGAUCAGCGACAUGUACGUCAUCAGCUCGGCCCUGAUGCUCCGUGGCAUGAUGCCCAAGGAGGUGGGCAGCGUGAUCAACACGGCGCUGGGCGCGGGGCUGCUCGAGCCCGCGUGGGUGCAGAGGUGGUUCGAUGGCUUUUUCAUGCUCGCCGUCGUCGCCACGGCCGUGGGUCUGUACCUGGGGAGACACGUCUCGGGCGCGGCCACGUGGGAGGACGACGCGGGUUGGGACUUGGCCAUGGAACUGGGCAAGGAGUCAUGA